AUGGUGAACUCCCUAACAAACCUUAUUUUCGUCAUAUUAGCAUUACAGCACUUAUACUCGGCCAUUAAAAAUAAUCAUGGAUGGCUUUAUGUAUUUACAUCCAUUGGGUUCGGCUUCGUCGGAUUUGGCUCUUUUCUCUUUCAUAUGAGUCUCAGGUAUGAAUAUCAAAUGAUGGAUGAGCUUCCAAUGGUUUAUGCCACUGCUAUUCUGUUUGGUUACUUCCUGGGUUUCGAUUAUAGCCCAUUUUAUAGAAAGCUAUGUGCGUGGGGUACGGCUAUUUCCACACUCGUCUUCACUUAUAUCUACAUUUUCAUCUGGAGAAACCCUGUUUUCCAUCAAAUUUUCUACGCAUUUCUAAAUUUUGGUCUUAUAUUUAGGUCAUUAUCAGCAGUACGCCGUUUCAUCACGGAUGAUCGCACCAGAAAGCUCGAGUACAAGAUGUUGACACUCGCUUUUGGGCUAUUCCUAUUUGGCUUUAUCAUUUGGAAUAUAGACAAUGUCUACUGCUCCUCGAUUACCUACUUCAGGAGGCAUUUCUUGGGGCUUCCUUUCGGAUUCUUAACCGAGGGUCAUGGUUGGUGGCAUAUAUUCACAGGAAUGGGUAUUUAUUACUUUAUUCUUUACAACGAGAUCGUCUCCAAAUGGAUUAUAGGGGAGCAAAGAAAGUACACUCUUGUCUGGUUCGGUCCAUUAGCUGAAUUCCAAUUGAAGCCAAUCACUGAAAAGAAGAGGAAUGAGGUCUAUUCUUCUUAUUAG